UAGCCGGGCGCGAAGGCGGGGAAGACCUCUGCUCCUUGCAGGGCGCCGCCGUGUCUGUCGCCCGAUGCUGGCGCGCUUAGGGUGAAAAGCGGAGGGCGUCAUUCUGUCGUCACAGGGACUCCAGUCUGUGCUGAAAUCAUGGCAGCCAAGGCCGUCUGCGUACUGCGUGGAGAUGUGGUCAGUGGAGUGGUGUACUUUGACCAACCGGGCUCUGAUCAGCCAGUGAAGGUCACUGGUGAGAUCAAGGGCCUCACCGCCGGGCAGCACGGCUUCCAUGUGCACGAAUUCGGAGACAACACCAACGGCUGCACCAGCGCCGGGCCGCACUACAACCCGUACGGCAAGACCCACGGCGGCCCGGCUGACGAGGUGCGUCACGUCGGUGACCUGGGCAACGUGACGGCCGGCGCCGACGGCGUCGCCAAGGUGGACAUGAGCGACAAGCUCAUCUCUCUGUCUGGCCCGCUGAGCAUCAUCGGACGCACGCUGGUGUGCCACGCCGACCUGGAUGACCUCGGUAAGGGUGGCCACGAGCUAAGCAGCACCACGGGCAACGCCGGCGCCCGCGUCGCCUGCGGCGUCAUCGGCAUCGCUAAGCUGUGAUGGUGACUUCGUGACGUCAGCACGGCCUCGGCCAAUCACCGGCGUCCGGUUCCGUUGGUGAAAAGGCACUCCAUUUGUAACCGUAGCCCUGUGAUGCAGCGCGCGUAAGACCCGCACGCUUUUGUUGUACGUUUUCGGUUCUUUUUUUGAGAUUGUGUAACCGGGAUGCCGAUCAUUUAGUCAUUUGAGAUGGCAGGGGCUUCGUCUAGAAAGCGCAAGUCUUGUAACCAGUCGUUUCUAAGCGCAAUAUACGUACGCCAGCGCA